CUCUCUCUAGGUAAUAGCGUCUAACGAGUAAGGACUAACGAGUUAAAAAAAGUAGGAUAUGGAUAACGUAACGAUUGGAUUGCUUUGUAGUUGCUCGGGUUGGUAGACAUAUUUUUUAUAUCAAAUUUAAUUAACUUACAACUGCAUAUAAGCCCUCAAUUGUUUUGAACAUGCUAAAAUGGUUAAGGAAGAAUCAAGAAUAAAAUUCACAGGAUUUUUCUUCAAAAGUGUCAAGGCCAUUCUUAUUUUUGAAGUUGGCUCAGUUCUCUUGUCUUAUGCCUUCUGGAGACGUCUAAACACAAAUCAAGAUUUUCGCCUUUAUAUGUACAAGAAUCAUAACUGGAUCUUAGAAGGUUAUUAUAAAUCAGGUGAAGCGAUAUCUGGUGACACUUUCAUAAGAGACUUCGACCAGUCAGUUUGGAAAGAGAAGGGAGAUAUUUAAUAUGGUAUAUACUUGGGGAAAGACAGUAGUCCAAAGUAUUUUAGUCGUAAGCCUUGGAGUUGUUCUGCUGUACACUAUCACCCCAGAAGCCAGAGGCGUGGAACCGGUCAAGACCAAGGCACAAUAUCAAGAAUCACAGAAAAAAACAGAAGAGUUGUACAGAGUUCUACGUGGAGAAGCUCCAAAGAAAGAUUAAAACCGUGUAUAGGUAGUCUUUUGAUAGGUUUCACUACUUAAUGUUAUAUUCUAUUACUUAAUUCUAGUGGAGAGACAAGAAAUUAUGGACAAAGUAGUACAAGAUAGUAGAGAUAAUUUGAGAGAUAUCCUCAUUCAAAGAGACCAAGAUAGGAAAGAAAAGAUUAAAAAUCUGAAGGAAGAAAAACAGUUGUCAGAGCCAAACCAAACACAGAUUUUUAAUGACUCGUUUGAAAAUCAGCACCAGAAUAUCUUAGAAAAAAUUAAACUAGUAGAAGAAGGAAAAAUUAAGCAAGAAUGUUUAUUAAACUAUUUUAAUGAUAUCAACAAAGAUAUUCAGGCUCUGAACAGGCAUUUGUCAACCUCAACAAAAUUUCUAAAUAACUUUAGUGUCAGGAGGGGACUAAAAACUGUAGAAGAGGUUGAGAACAAAAUUAAAAAUCUGGAAGCCGAGUUAUUUCCGAGGAAAAAAUUUGGAUUCAAAGCACAAAAGGCAAAAACUGUUAAUACAAGUAAUAAAGACAAAGUUAAAGAGUCAAUAGAUGUGGUGGAUGCAGUGGUAAAAAAAGUGAUUUCAUUUUCAACAGUUUCAUGUGGAUUCUCCAAUGAAAUAGAUAAGACUUUAAAGUUAGAUAGUGAAGAAAUCACCAAGAAGGAUAUAGAAUUGACCGGUUUAGAAAACUGCACUGUCCUUCUGUUUGGCAAUCCAAUUACCGUUCACAUCAGUAAUGUAUCGAGGUGUAAGAUACUCUGUGGGCCUGUGUCAACAUCUGUGUUCGUAGAGAAUUGUAAAGAUAGUGAUCUCGUAGUGGCCUGUCAACAGCUGAGGAUCCAUUCUACGCUAGACUCCAACUUCUACAUCCACGUCACCAGCAAGGCCAUUAUCGAGGACUCCUCAGGGGUGCAGUUUGCCCCGUACAACCUGGAUUAUAUUGGAAUAAAAGAGCAUUUUAGUAUCUCUGGGCUGGACUGGAGAGUGAACAAAUGGUGUGAGAUCGAUGACUUUAAUUGGUUAACUUUCAAUGUGCCGUCUCCCAACUGGAAAGAGAUCCCUGAAGAAAGUCGAAUUCAGAAGUGGCUUUAGUAGUUUGUAAUGCAUUAAAUACUCUCAUAACUUUUGCUAGCUAACUGAUCUUGUAGUUAACUCAAUUUAAACACUGAUGUUUAAUAUGUUCACUUAAUUUAUUUUUUCAAAUUCUUUAACUUUUCUUUUUAAUUAAAAUUAUUAUUAACUGUUUAA